ACAUGAUCAUAUGACAGCCUCCGCAUUCGCCAUCUUUUGAGGCUAGGAGAAGCGUCUGAGUUAUUUCUCCGCUGUCUACAUUACAGUAAAUUUCUUAUCUUAGUUCUAUUAUUUCUAGCAACGAUAAUGGCCGACUACGUCUACCACCCUGAUGCUCCUCCAUACACCUCUUUCUUCGGUAUCGUUGGUGUUACAGCUGCAAUGUCCUUUUGCGCCUUAGGUGCUGCAUAUGGAACAGCUAAGUCUGGUACUGGCAUCUCUGCCAUGGCAGUCAUGCGCCCAGAGCUGAUCAUGAAAUCAGUCAUUCCUGUGGUUAUGGCUGGUAUCAUUGCUAUUUAUGGCCUGGUGGUUGCUGUUGUCAUUAUCCAGAACAUGUCAAAUGAUAGUUCAUACACCCUGUACAAGAGUUUUCUGCACAUGGGUGCUGGUCUGAGUGUGGGGCUCAGUGGUCUUGCUGCAGGCUUUGCUAUUGGCAUUGUAGGAGAUGCUGGAGUACGAGGAACAGCUCAGCAACCAAGGCUAUUUGUUGGCAUGAUUCUGAUUCUCAUCUUCGCCGAAGUAUUGGGAUUGUACGGACUGAUCGUGGCCCUCAUCCUGUCAGUCAAGUAAAAUGGCCACUGGUCUAGGCUUCUUGUUUUAUCUACAAUGGUCUAGUUGCUGGCUCUUAAACAGAGAUGUCCACUGCUUGGGGUAACAAAAAGACAGGCAACUUUUUUUAAUAGGUAGGAUGGAUGAUUUUUCUUGGGACACUUUCAUGGCUGUUCAUCUGCUGACCCUAUUGUAAGCAUAGUAAAACCCUGUGGCUUAGAUGAGUCUAUACACAUUAAAUGGGCAGAAAAGCUUGGCUUCUAGCUCAUUAGCCAGUUUUGUCAGAUUGCUAUCUAAAGGGGUGAGGGGGAAGGCAUAUCCAUCAAUAAACAAAGUGUAGGUACCUGGCCAAGAUGAGCAAGAUUGUUGUAUAACCUGUAUUCACUGUACUGUUUUUGGACCAAAUGACUGUUAGAAUGCAUGUUUAUUGUUCCACUGUUGUUUAUGUACAUAUCCAGAGCAACUGUUUUGGUGGUACUUUUAGCAUCUCAAAAAUUGUAUCUUAAAAAAAAAAAAAAAAAAACCGCAGUGUUAGACUGGGGUAUAUUGAUAAACUGCGAGUACUUGUGGAUUUUGUGUGUUCUAUUUUCUGUAAAUAUAUCGCUAGACAAAGUGUAGAGUACAUGCACUAACGAUAUGUGUGGUAUUAGUUAACCAUGUAAGAAUAACCAGUACAAUUCUGUCCCCUCAGUCCUUUUGAUUGUCCUGCAUCGGGGUUUCAGAGAACAGCAUUCUUCUGUUUCUUUAAAAUUUUGUACAUCUUGAAUAAGUUGAUACCCACUCUUGUGACCAUGCUCAUUUCUGACAAAAUUUAGUAUCGUAAUGUGAUAACCAGGAGAAACUGGGUUUUGAGUGAGCUCUGCAUUUUGAGUAGUAUGUGUAGCUAGUAAUGAACGUGAUAUGGUGGCGUGAUGUGCACUCACAAUGCUGUAGUAGAACGGUUCAGGUGGUUUGUUUCCAUAGCAAUGUGGUCUGCACUUGUAUUCCUUUAUCUGUUAAUGCCAGGUGUACCAGACAUUUCAGUAGAGCAGUUUGGGUUUGUGGCGAUGUUAAAAAGAUUUCACUGGUAGCUUUACUGGUUAGUUUUCCAUCUGCAGUUAUGUGUAUGUGGGCUGAUAUAUAAUUAAGUUUAAUUUAGAUGAUUAUAAAUGGUUUAUUAUGGAAUAAGCAAGUAUUCAAUUGGUUGCCAGAAGAGCAGCUAAAAUGCAAAAGCACAGCUUUAUUGGCCCCAUGCAGUGUGCUUUUUCCAUUUUCCAAUGUAGUCUCUGCAUGCCCACCUACAUGUGUGAAAGAAUCUGGUCUGUUAUACAUACAAGACUGGCAGUUUUUCAUUUUCUGUUGUACAUUUUGUGUAAUUUACAUUGGGAAUAAAGUAUCACCACUGGC